UAUUUCAUUAUUCUGCAGAAGAAUAAAAUCGUAAAUUUUCAUAAUAUUGUGGCAUUAAUUUUCCAGAGAAACGUCCUGAAAGUUGACCUGUUUUUUACUCUUUCUGUGGGAGAAAAUGGAAGGCCAGUUGAAAAAAUUGGAGAGGAUGUGCAUUGAGCACACGUCCGAUGGCAUGGCUCCUGAUCAUGAUCAAAACGUGGCCAGUCUUGUAGCUCAUGGUAGCUACUUGGAGGCUCUGAAGACUCCCGUUUGCCAGGAAAUCAUGAACUCCUGUGGCAGCUGUACUGCAGGCAACUUAGAGUCACACUUACUAUUAAUUUUCAAGACCUAUUUGUUGAAUAAUUCUUCUGAAGACAAAGAACUUUUAGUUAUGACCAUCGGGAUCGCUGCACAACAGUUGUUUGUUCAAAGCAAUUUUACUGGCCCUUUAUUAGUUCCUUCGUUCAUUGAAGUAUUCCCGAGCUUGCUGUCAGACGGAGAAAAUAGAGAAGAAAUCACAAAAUCAGCAGUAAAAUCAAUUGCUGAACACACCGAAGGCAUCUAUUCUCUUAUUUGUGACCCCGAGUACCUGCUAAUGGCCAAGGUUAUUUUUGCUCAUGAUAUUAAAGAUUUGUUUCCUUCUUGUCUGACUAUCGACUGGUGGCGCAUGAGACACUUAAUGAUUCUGCAAACUUUGGCUGAUGAAACUUCUUACCACAUCUUUUCAAACAUUGUAAAUUCCAUGGAAGCUACAAAGAACAUGAAUUAUCUUGUUGAUGACGCACGACUCAGCGCAUUGUUUCAUCUUGAAGCAGCUCAAGCCACGUUGUUGUAUACCUACACUGCCGAUGCUUAUGCUCACCUGUUGCAGGCUGAAGAACAGCUAAGAUUGAAGUAUUAUCUCUUUGGCGCAAUGGGAAGACGAACUAAGUACCAAGUAGACGCUAAACCUCAGCUUCUACUGAAGGUGGAAUAUUUAGACCAGUCUCUCCUCGACACUGAAGAAGAAGGCACUAAGCUUCUUGCUUCAGAUUUACCGAAAGACAUCGUCUUGAACGAUGACACGAGGUUACCUAAUGUCAAAUUUGAAGACGAAGAUGCUGGCAUUGUACCAAACCUCAAACCCAUUGAACAGAUGGCGUUGUUAGCUCGUGUGCAUUAUAACAGACGGGCAUCUGCCAAUGAUGUUCAAUUAAAAGAAGAAAGCAAAGCUUUUGUUCACGCUCUGUUGCAAUACCCAAAGUGCUGGGCUACUCAUUACUAUGCUCUUAGACUUCGUUCGUACUUUGAGAGCGACGAAUCACGCGCCGUUGAUCGUGCCUUGCAGCAGUAUGAAGAGUUGGUAGCAUGCGUUAAACGCGAAGACCCUUCUCGUUUUGAAAGACUUAAGCUGUUCUAUGCGUCAGGCCUCCCGUCUAUUUGGACCACUAAGCAGGAGUACGGAAGGCUCUUGAUGCAAUUGGGAUGUGUCAGAACCGCUCUGACGUUAUUCGAGGAGCUUCAGUUAUGGGAAGAUGUCAUCGAUUGCUACAAUAAAAUUGGCAUGCGUCAAAGAAGUGAAAGCAUCAUCAGAUCGCUGCUAGAAAAAGAAGAAAGUCCCAAACUCUGGUGUCUCCUGGGCGAUGCCACCGACGAUAUUGAAUGUUACCACAAGGCUUUUGAGAUCUCGGCUGAAAAGAGUAGCCGUGCUAAGCGAUGUCUCGGUGACUAUUACUUCUCUAGGAAGGAGUACGAAACUGCUAUCGAGCAUUAUAAGGUGAGUACAAAACUAAACUACAUUCAACUCAAAGUCUGGGAAAAAAUAGCUUAUGCCGCACUUGCUAUCAGUGACUGGAAGCUGUGCAUUUCAGCGUACAAGACCUGCACAAGUAUCGAUCCUCACCAUUUCGAAUACUGGAACAACAUGGCGAAGGCUCACACAGAACUGAAAGAAUUCGGCCGGGCUUUUUCUUGUUUCGAAGAGGCGCUGCGCUGCAAACCUGAUAGCUGGAAAAUGCUGGAGAAUGCCAUGACUGUUGGCAUUUCCAUGGAACAAUAUGCAAGUUCAUUGAGCUAUUACAGGAGACUUCUUGAGUUGAAACCGAAUCAUAUUAACCUGCUGGUCAUCUCAGGCUUAGUGAAGCCACUUAUGGAUGAAACUACUAGGACUCAUCUUGGUGAUAAUUACUACAAACAGCUCGUGAGCCUUCUGGGACAGUUGUGUCAGAGUGUUCCGUCUGAGUCGAACCUGUGGUAUUACUACGGGGAAGCUGUGAGCUGCAACCCUAAUCCAACGGUCGAAUCACGGGACCUGGCAUGCCAACAUUUCCGAAAAAGCCUUGCAACUGUGACUCGCUUCAAUACCUGGCAUAAGAACACCGCUGAAAUCAAGCUAGCGCUAUCUAAACUUGUGCGCAUGGAGGAGGCGUUCCAAGUAUCCCUCAGGGAUGUCGCGCCUCCUACUGCCCUCGCAAAUGCCCGAUCUAUCGCGAUGAUGGCCGAGAACGUGAUGAUUCUGUCGAGAAAAGGUCUCACGAAUAUACUUACGGGUGAAGUCAUGAAUGACGCCGUCGAACUUCUUGAUCGCGCUGAGGAGUCCAUGAAAGCCAUAAAGAAAGCUGUCACAGAUUUGGCUCAGCUGUGUGAAACAGCCUCAGAAAAGGGAUCGUAAUGUCCUGCGGCCUAAGUUAUAAUAUCUGUGAUCUCGACUAUUUUAUUGUUAAUGUAAUUGGUCUAUCAUGCCUUGUAGAUGGUACUUCUGGUCCCAUAUGUAUUUUUAUACAUGCUGGUUGCUUCAUUCAUUGCUUGCUUCUAUUUCUUUUUAGGCUGAGACGGUAGUUUCGUUGAAGCGAGGUUUAAUUUUCAUUUUCAUAUCGCAAUGUUUACCUACUCUUAUCUUUCACCAACGUAAUCGGUGCUGGAAAUAUCUGCUGUUGAAUAAUCAAGCAUAGUAUCUCAUUCAGGCGCAGCUAACUGCUGCAUUAAAAUUUAAACAUUUUUUUUAUGAGUUGUAGAUGGUAAAUAUGUAAUCAUGGUAUUUAUGUUGAAGUUCUCACUUCACCAUAAAUAGCAACUCGCACUGUACUACGUACACAAUUCACUUUAAUAAAAUUCAAAUUAUAAAAUUUAUCAAAGUAUCUUUGUGAUAAGAAUUUCUUGUGGCGAGGUCGAUUUUACUUUUGUUACUAUUUACUCUGUGUCGGCAGGCGACGUAGUUGGCGAACGGUUAGUACUGUUGUUUUUAUACUCAUUCACUUCAAUAUUACACGACGCUGUUUGA